CAAUUAAUAAAUUCUGAUUAAUUUAAAAGAUAAAAAAUAAAAAAAUAAAAACGAUAUAAUCCAAGAAAAUCCACCACAGGGGUGUUUUUGGGCUCCCGAGCGCUAGCUCUCAGAUCUGAAGUUCUAACCCAAGAAUCCCAGGAGGAAGAAACCAAAUAUGGGUGAAAAAUUUUGGUUGAAUGAAGAGGAAAAGGCUAUGGUGGAGUCAGUAUUGGGUGCAGAAGGGUGGGAGUUUUUGAUCUCGUGCGCUUCUGAUAAAACCCAUUUGUCAGAAUCGGGUGUCGCAUCCAGUGAUGGUGGUGUCCAGAAGGGGCUUCGUCAGCUUGUUGAAGGGUCUAAUUGGAGUUACGCCAUAUUCUGGCGUGUUUCGAGGGUGAAGGAUGUGUUGAUUUGGGGUGAUGGAUAUUGUAGAGAGGCAAAAGGGGAGGUUGGUGCUGGUGGUUUGGAGGAAGUGGGGAAGAAGAAGGAGGUGCUGAAGAAGCUUCAUGAGUAUUUUGGGGUUGGGGAGGAGGAUAAAUACUGGGCUAAAUUGGAUUUGUUGUCAAACAUCGAGAUGUUUUAUCUUACUUCGAUGUUUUAUUCGUUUUCGGGUGAUUUGCAGUAUGGCCCUGCUCUGGUGCUUAAGUCUGGGAGAUGGGUUUGGGUUGUUGAUGCAGUUGGUUGUUCAGAUCAGUAUCGGGCAAGGUCGGUUUUGGCAAGAUUGGCAGGGUUUCAGACAGUUGUGUUUGUGCCAGUGAAGGAUGGGGUGAUUGAGGUUGCUUCUUUGAUGUUGGUUAAGGAGGAUGAGAAUGUUGUGAAGAUGAUUAAGGGUGUAUUUGGGGGGAUGAAUUUUGGGCAGGCAAAGGUGUAUCCAAAAAUAUUUGGGCAUGAACUUAGUCUUGGUAGUGGGGCAAAGUCACGGUCAAUGAGUAUUAAUUUUGCCCCCAAGUUGGAAGGGGAUUCGGGGUUUGGUGCAGAAUCAUAUGAUGUCCAAGGCUUGGGUUCAAAUCAAGUUUAUGGGAAUUCCUCUAAUGGGUGUAUGAAUGAGGAUAAUGAGGGGAAAAUAUUCCCUCAGCUCAAUCAAAUAUUUAAUGCUCAAGUAUUGGUUUCUGGUUUUGAGCAGCCUAAGGAUGACUUGUUGCCUAGGGUUGAUGAACGAAAACCUAGGAAGAGAGGAAGGAAGCCAGCUAAUGGGAGAGAAGAGCCAUUGAAUCACGUGGAAGCUGAGAGGCAGAGGAGGGAGAAGCUUAACCAAAGGUUCUAUGCAUUAAGAGCUGUUGUUCCUAAUAUAUCCAAGAUGGAUAAGGCCUCGUUGCUUGGUGAUGCCAUUUCAUACAUUACUGAUCUCCAGAUGAAGAUUCGGAUGUUGGAAGCUGAGAAGGAGAUUGUAAACGAUAAGCAAAACCAAUCACCUGUGCCACAGAUCGACUUUCAGGAUAGGCAGGAGGACACAGUUGUAACAGUUAGCUGUCCCUUGGAUGCUCAUCCUGUUUCUAGAGUCAUAAAGACGCUUAAGGAACACCAAGUUGUAGCUCAAGAGGCUGAAGUUUCCACUAUGGAAAAUGAUAAGGUCCUUCACACGUUCUCCAUUCGGACUCAAACUGGUGCUGCCGAGUGCUUGAAGGAGAAGCUGGUAGCUGCCCUUUCAAAAUGAUUUGUCUGUAGAUUUUGCGUUUGUAAGAUGAAUUCUAAUGAAUGAUAUACAUCAUCCUGCUGAAAAUCGGGAUGUCUUGUUAUUGACUAACUAAUGUGUGUCUUCCUUUGUUGUUAAUUGUUUCUUAUCUGGCUCAGAUUGAUUGCUUCCUUUCAAAGUGAUCUGACUGUAAAGUUGUGUUUGUAAGAUGAUAUCAAUGCAUGCUAUGCAUUUCCCUGUAGAAAAACAUGGAAACACAUCGUUGCUGGCGAAUUGGUGUUUGGUAUUUGAUAUUUAAUGAGUUCUAUAUGACUUCAGACUGCUCA